AUGUAGAGCUAAAUGAAGCAAGCAGGUUAAUAUCCUAUUUCACUGAAUUCUGGCUUCAAUCCCAUAUCUUAGUAAGAGUCAUCUUCUUUCCCAAAUUAAAGUGCUAUUUAAAAUAGACCUUAUCAAUAGUAGCAAUAUCAAAGUUAUUGUUUGUACAACUCAGCAAUAUAGAAUGGUGCUUACUAUGCCUAACCAAAUUUAAAUACUUAUCAACAAAACUAGCCAUUUGAUUAGCAAAGCAUGAAAAGAUCACUGUCUAAUUAUGAAAAGUUCCAACCUGAUUAAUAUCAGAAAAUUAAAGCUCAAAGUAGAGUUAAAAAAGGAACAAAUUUUAAUCUCAAAUUUUAGAAUUCUGCAAAUACAAACAAAAAUCCUGAAUUAACUGAGAGCUAAGUCGAUGAUUAAAAUUAAGAAGAUAGGAAAAAGCGGAAAUGCAAUAGAAAUUUAGAGCUUAUGCCUGCAGAUGUUGAUGAGCUUGUUAGUGAGUUAGUUUAAAAUCAAGAUAUAAAAAAGAAACUUAAAAAGAAAAAGUAAAAAGCAGUAUCUCAGCUAAAUACUAUAUCAAAUGUUGCAAGCAUCAACAAUUUAAGUAAUUUAAAUCCAAAUUAAAUUAAUGAAAAUUCAAACAAUGAGCAACUUGAAGAUAUUCAAAUUUUGGAAUAAAAUUAAAAAGCCUAACAUAAUGAUUAAACAAACACCAAAUCUAUUGAUCAGCUUGUUGAUAAUAUAGCCCAGAAAAGAGGUUAAAAUUUUGACAAAGAAAAAGGUCAAUUUACGUACAGUGAGUGGGAUUUUCCAUUACAGCUAGAUUUUAAUAAUAAUGAUCCCUCUAAAAAUAAGGAUCAGAAGCAAACACAAAGCAGAUAAAAAAUGCCUUAAAAUUAAAAAAGGGAUAAUCAAAAUAAUGGUUAACCAAAAGAGUGUAUGACAAAGGCUAAUAAAGAAUAGAAAAUCUAUGAAUAAAAGUCUAAAUAAGAAAAAAUAGCAUCUAUUUCCUAAUUGGAUAAAUUAGACCAGAAGAUUGAUUAAAAAUAGAAGAUUUUCAAAGAAGAUUUAGACCAAAAGCCUGAUUAAGAAAAAUAUAAUGAUAAUAACAUAUAAUCUGAAAACCAGGAUGAAAGUGACUAUAUGAAAAUGUGGAGGAGUUUACCGAAAUCUUAAAAGGAGAGGCUUACUAAAAAGUAAAUCAAAAGAAUUGACAAACCUGAUAUAUUGUCUGAGGCAAUUGGAGUCACCGUUCUGGAAGAAAAACCUAAAGAAAAGAAGAUAGUCAUCCAAAAUGUUGAUUCUCUAUAAAAAGAUAACCUCAAAAUUGAAGAUAAAGGCUUACACUAGAUAAAGCUAAAGAAAAAGUAACAAUAAAGUUCAAGCUAGUAAUUAAGUUUUGGUAAUUACAUGAAUAAUCAAGACUCUGUAAACUAGUCCUUCUCUCAACUUUCAUAACAGCUACAUGAUAAUUAAAGCAUAACUAGAACAUAUAUUCAAAGUGCAGGACACAAGUAAAAUUCUAAUGUAAGAGACUACAAGUUAAGAGCAAGCAACUUUGGACCUAAUCUUGGUAGGAAUAAUUAUAUUAGUAAUAAUAUGAUGCCUUAAAACAAUAAGUAAAAAUAAAAACCAAAGAAAAUAGUAGUUGAGGAAAGAAAUGAAAAUAAUGAGAUUGUUAGAUAAAUUAUUGAAAAAGCUAAACACAGGAAAAUUACAGCUUUAAAGAAAGCAAUUAUGAGAAUGAGAGAAUCAAAGGCUAAAAAGGAGAAGAUUAACAAACAAAUUUUAAAAACCAAAGAAGAUAGCAAAAAGAAAAUGAAUGAAAAUUGUAAUAAUGACGAAGAAUUUUCUAGUGGGUAUGUAACUAUUGAUGAAGCUCUGCUACCAGAUGAUGUCUAAGAUUUAAAGAGAGAGAAAUCUGAUCUCCCAAAUUAGACUAGGAAAUUCCCCUAUAAACCUAUAUUUGGUCACCUUGAAUAGAUCUGUCAAGAGGUUCUAUUUGAUUUGACAAAGAAAGAUUUAGAAAGCAUACCUGAUCCUGAAUCGAAGAAAAUCAAAUUAGUCGUUAAUAUUGACGAUGAAACUCAAGAAAAAUCUUAUCAAUUGCAUCCUAAGAAGAGUGUCAGAGAAUACGUUGAUAUGAUUCAGAACGAAAGUUUAGAAAUUCAAGUUUAGAAUCUGAUUUAAAAGCUUAAAAAGCUUUACUUCAAUAGAAAAGUAAAUCCAAACAAGAAGGGAAAGCUUACAAGAAGUGUAAAAAAGAGGUAUAUUGUUGGUAUCAAAGAAGUCGCCAAGCAUCUUGAUGCAGAAAAUCUUAAAAUGGUGAUUCUUGCUAUAAAUAUUGAGAAAGUAGAAGGUGAUAAUGGGCUUGAUGACUAUAUCAGCCAUGUUGUAUCUUAAUGUAGAGACUUUAAAAUUCCAUUGGUAUAUUGCUUUACAAGAUAUAAACUAGGAUUAAUAACAAAAUUUUAAGGAUAAAUGGCUUCUGCUGUAGGAGUUUUUAAUUUCUAAGGAGCAAAUGAUGAGUUCAAUACUCUUGUGGCAAAAUCGAAGGAUUAAAGGAGAGAAUUUUAUAAGUAGAUUGCUAAAAAUGUUUCUGAAUAUGAUGUGCUUUUGCUUAGAAAAGAGAAUAGAUUCCUAGAUUGGUAAUUAUUUGAUUAGGUCAAAGCUGAUCCUUCAACAUUUUACCUCUGA